UUUUUCCCCAAAAAAAAAAAUUGCACUCUUUCUUUAAAUCCAAACCUCAAACCUUUGCAAGUGCUUCCCAGAUCAAACAGUUGGGGUUGUGUUUUUUUGUUUUUGUUUUUGAACGAAAGUGUUUUGUUGUUUGUGGCUGUUCAGUUCUGUAAUAGUUAGCUCUGUGCUUUGAGUGUGAGACACUCUCUCUCUCUCUCUCUCUAAGCCCUUCAAUAGCUUCUUAUUUUCUCUCUCUCUCUUUCUAUAAAGAUUGCAACUUUCAUGGCAGCUGAAGAGGUUAAUAAGCCUAAAUCACUUCCUCCUUACCCAGAGAUGAUUAUGGAUGCAAUUGAAGCAUUGGAUGAAAAGAAUGGUUCAAACAAAUCAGCCAUAUCAAGGCACAUUGAGUCCACAUAUGGGGACUUGCCUGCUGGCCACUCAGCACUCCUCACAGAACACCUCAACAACAUGAAAGACAGUGGAGAGCUUGUUUUCUAUAAGAACAACUACAUUAAGCCGGACCCAAAUGCGCCUCCUAGGCGGGGGCGUGGCAGGCCGCCAAAGCCAAAGGGCCUAAUAUCACAGAUCUUCGACUCGGGUCCCGCGAGGCCUAGGGGUCGCCCACCUAAGGACCCGAAUGCGGCUGUGCUUCCAAAAUCGCCCAAGGCGCCUCCAAAGUUGCCCAAGGUGAAGGCCUCAUCAGGUAGUGGGAAGCCGAGAGGACGGCCAAGGAAGAUGGCGAGGCCUAGUGGAGGAUUGGGAGGAACAACGGCAACAACAGAGCCAACAGCAACAACUACUGGAAAGCCUAGGGGUCGCCCUCCAAAGGUGAAGGAUUCAAUGACUGAAGUGAGUGUUGAACAAUAGACUACUCUUUAAUGGUUGUAGUGGUGUUUGACGUCUCUAUGUGUUUCUUUGUAGAAUUGGGUUGGUGUUAGUUCUAGUUUUAUGGUGUUUUAUCAUGUAAUUGCAUGUACAAUGUGAUGUAGCUGUCUUUGAGGCUUUGUUGGUUUCUAAUCUUAACAGAGGAUAUGGCUAGAAGUCUAGAAUUAAUUAUGGAUGCUGUUGUACUUUGUUCA